CAACAUGCAAUAGAGAAUUGUGAUGUUGUGUUUGUUACCUCAUUAUGUCGUGUGUAACGUUGGGACCUAAAAGAGAAGAGUAGUCGAACCUAGUCCUUCUCUCGUGUUGGAAAUUCCCUGUUUAAUCUAACGACUUUACUCACACGAUACGCUCUUUGAUCCUUCCUUCCUUCCUUCUUUGCAAGAGAGAGAGUUUGGUUCAUCGCCUGCAAGAAGCGUGUGGCACUGGCAUUCCUUCCCGGAGAAGAUGACCAUCGACUUAGAUUCCAUCGCUCGCAAAAUCGACGUUGAUAAUUUCAUUCCCCUCCGCCACUACUAUCGGAUUGCCGAUAACCUCCUCAAGCAGGCAAGUAUCUACAGGGAGGAGAAUAACGUAGUUGACUUGUACAUUAUACUCGUUAGAUUUUUAAGUUUGGUUUCUGAAACUAUACCGUAUCAUCGAGAUUAUCAUGCUUCGCUGCCCAAUGAAAGAGCAGCUUAUAAUAAGAGAUCACGACCUGUAUUGGAUGAGCUUGAAUCUUUGAAGCCCGAGUUUAAACGCCGGGUGGAAAAAUUAAAAUACUUGCAUGGAAAAGCUUCAUUGCCCAAGGAAAAUGGCUUUAAUAAGGCUUUACAGAGUUCUGUAAAUUCAUCUUUGGAGUGGCCGGUUGUCAAUAAAAGUAAUAACUUGAGUGUGGAUUUUAAACAGCCUUCUGGUUUCGGUUCACACUCUUCAUGGAAUUAUAAUAGUAUGUCAUCAUCAGAUUCCAUGCCUAUUGAUAAGCAGUUUCAGAAACUGUAA